UGUUAAUCCCCGCUUGUGCUGCCCUGCCGUCUGCAUCCCGUUGUUGCUGGGAGAGCAUGGCAUGGCUCCAGGACCCCUGCACUCGCACAGGAGACGAGUGAACGAGUGAGAGAGACAGAGAAGAGAGAAAGAGAGUGAGAGAGAGAGAGAAGAGAGAGAGAGAGAGAGAGAGAGAGAGAGAGAGAGAGAGAGAGAGAGAGAGAGAAGAAAGAGAUACAGUUGUGCCAUUUCACGACUGUCACAGCCGCUAGAGCGCCGCACUGCACAGGGUGCUAUUGAGUUUCACUGACACACACAUACACAAGGGAGUAGGGUACAAAACAGGAAAGGGGGAGGAAAAGAAAGAGAGAGAGGGGGAAAACAGAGGGAUGAUGGCUGGUUUGUCGCAGCUGAGGGUGCAAAUGUGAAAGGAGUGAGUGGAUACCUUUGUCGCAUCCCGCGUCCCACCGCACAACAGCCUCUCUCUCCGUUGUCGCUCCUUCCUGACUGCUCACAGUUCAGAGGGAUUAAACUUUUUCUUUCACCUCCUGUUGGCACAUCCGGCCCUCCGCGAGCCUCUGCCAUGGAGUCUCCCACCAAAGAGAUCGAGGAGUUUGAGAGUACAUCCCUAAAGUAUCUUCAGCCGGAACAGAUUGAAAAGAUUUGGCUCAGGCUGCGAGGACUGAGGAAGUAUAAGAAGACAUCCCAGAGAUUAAGGUGUCUGGUGAAGCAGCUCGAAAGAGGAGAGGCCUCCCUCGCUGACCUCAAGAAAAACCUCGAGUAUGCGGCGUCAGUGCUGGAAUCUGUCUACAUCGAGGAGACGAGGCGUUUGGUGGACACAGAGGAUGAGCUUAGCGACAUCCAGUCCGAGUCAGUGCCAUCGGAGGUUCGGGACUGGCUGGCUUCCACCUUCACCCGCCAGAUGGGCCUGAUGCUGCGGCGCACCGAAGAGAAACCCCGCUUCCGCAGCAUUGUCCACGCCGUACAGGCCGGCAUAUUUGUGGAGAGGAUGUACCGAAGAACGUCCAAUAUGGUUGGACUCAGCUACCCCCCUUCUGUCAUAUCUGUGCUCAAGAAUGUGGACAAGUGGUCGUUUGACGUGUUUGCUCUAAACGAGGCCAGCGGGGACCACGCACUCAAAUUCAUAUUCUAUGAGCUGCUCACAAGAUACGACCUAAUUAGCCGUUUCAAGAUCCCCAUAUCUGCAGUGGUGUCCUUUGUGGAGGCCCUGGAGGUGGGCUACAGCAAGCAUAAAAACCCCUACCACAACCUGAUGCACGCUGCCGACGUCACACAGACUGUACAUUACCUACUGCUCAAGACUGGCAUGGUGCAUUGGCUGACAGAGCUGGAGAUCUUUGCCAUGAUCUUUGCAGCAGCAGUGCACGACUACGAGCACACGGGGACCACGAACAACUUCCACAUUCAGACAAGGUCAGACACAGCUAUUCUGUACAACGACCGCUCGGUGUUGGAGAGUCACCACGUCAGCGCAGCGUAUCGCCUCCUGCAAGAUGACGAUGAGAUGAACAUCCUUUACAAUCUGUCCAAGGAUGACUGGAGAGAGUUGCGGGCUCUGGUGGUGGAGAUGGUGCUGGCCACCGACAUGUCCUGCCACUUCCAGCAGGUCAAGGCGAUGAAGAACUUCCUACAACAGCCUGAGGGGAGCAUUGACAAACCCAAGGCUCUGUCCCUGCUGCUUCACACAGCAGACAUCAGCCACCCGGCCAAGAGCUGGGACCUCCACCACCGCUGGACCACCUCCCUACUUGAGGAGUUCUUCAGACAGGGGGAUAAAGAGGCAGAGCUUGGGUUGCCGUUCUCACCACUGUGUGACCGCAAGUCCACCAUGGUGGCACAGUCUCAGAUCGGGUUCAUAGACUUCAUCGUGGUGCCCACCUUCACUGUACUAACAGACAUGACAGAACGCAUCGUCACACCUCUCAUCGACGAGGCCUCUAACUCGGGUUUUACCGGCUUUCGACGCUCAAGUCUGAACAGUAUUAGCUCAGAGGAGGCUAAGCGGGGCAGCGUGAAGAGCACAGGGUCGGAGAGCAGCUCGUCAGGCCACUGCUCCUUGCUCACGGUGGACCUGAAGAACUUCAAGGCGCUGUGGAACGAAGAGGUUUAUCAGAACAGGGAGAGGUGGAAGGCGCAUGCUGCUAAAGAGGCAGAGGAGCGAGCUAAAAAGGAAGCAGAAGAGAAGGCCCAGCAGGAAGAGAAUAUGGAGCCCCAGGAGGCCCAAAAAGAAUCAGAGCAGCCUGAACCAAAGGAGGACAAAGCGGAGGAUGAGGAGCCAGAGUCAGGGGAGGUCAACAGACCACCAGAUGGCAACACAGGGGACACAGAGGAGGCAGCACAGCCUGGGAGCGCCACACACAAGAAUCAGCUGCUACAGAAUGGGGAAUUGUCCGAAGGCGCCGAAUCUCCAGAGAGUGAAGAGAACAAGAACAAAGCCGAUGCAGAGGAGAUGGACUAAGGGAGCUGGGGAGCAGGUGAGUGUGCUGCUGCACUGCUGUCGACCCAAACCUGCUUUCCCCCCCCCCCCCCCCCCCCAUGUGGGACGACUCAGACUCACACCAGAGGGAAGGACAUUUCUGGGGCUGCGUCGCCCUCUACAGGACACCGAGAACACUGACAUCAUCACUUGCAAGCUCUCUCUCUGAUCAGCUGUUUUUACUUUUCCUGUCCCAUAUUUAUAUUCUUGGGAUCCUAAGCAAAGAGUUUUUUGGCCAGCUUCUCUACCCGUGUGCAUUAUUUCUUCCUUCCUGCCUAUUACUAAACACAGCACGGAUGAAGUGAAGAUUUCAUGAUCUGAAGAUGACCAUGUCAAUGAAGAAGAUGGAGACAAAUUAAGGAGAAGCCGUUGAAAGACUCUGUUACUGUAGGCGAUGCUUUUCAGUUUCAAUUUGGUCGCAUUUUGCCACAUUCGGAGCUGCAUGUUUAUCUCAGCCACCUUGACAUGUAGCCAUUGUAGAAGUCCAACUUUUUACUAUGUACUUGCUGUGGUACAGCUUCAAUUUCCUCUGUUUGUUUGAAAAAAAAGUAAAGUUUAUCUUCCUGAAUAAAUAGCUGAUUGAGAGAGAUCAGGUUUUGUGUUACAGUUAAAUGAUUUAGUCGGUAACAGAAGUGCAAGCUUUCUGCCGAAUGCGUGACAGGGACUUCUACAACUGCUGCUGCUGUAUACGCAGUGCAAAGGUGACAAACGCAGAUCUACUGAUCUUCCGAGUUCUGCAGCGCUAGCAUUUUAGAAGUAACUAGUAUACACUCCUAAAACAAAUCCACACAGCCUAGGAAACUGUAAAAGUGGUUCAUGUGCAGCUUGAGAUUCAAAGUAAGGAUAGUCAUUUACAGACCAUGCUCCUAAACUGCUUCCCUGUGCUUCUGGAGCACCUGCUCUCUUUGGACAAAUAUCACUGUGGAGCCCUAAUAAGCUGAUUAGGGCCGGACCUCCUGCUGUGUCCUCUUGCUUCUUCCUGGACAAAGCCCUUCUCUCUGCUUAGGCUACUGCAGAAACCUGUUCCUAUCAUUUGUGGCUUGACUUUUCUUUCCCACCUUCCUACCAAGAUUACUUUCUUACUGCAGUUGCUCAGAUAGUGUAAAUUUAUUUUAUCUUGUUUUUAUUUGAUUUAAUUUAAUGGGUUUUUUAUUGCAUUUUUUUUAUGGCAUUUUAGUUUAUUUUGCCUUGGUGUUUUUCUUUUCUACCUUCCUGCCAAGUUACCUUUCUUACAGCAAUUGCUCCAAUAUUUUAUCUUAUUUUAUUUUAUUUUAUUUUGCUUUGGUGUUUUUUGCAGGUCGAUACCUUCUUUCACUUUCUGUGUUUGUCUUCUUUGUAUAGAGAGGCUGUAAAUCUCUGGACAUGAGGGAGUAGAAAUGCUGCGAGCCCACAAUCCACCGACAUAUAUUUUUGGAUGUAAUGUAAAGAUAACUGUUGUCAAAUGUCCAAAAAUUAGAAUCAGACUUUUUGCAUUUCAAACAUAUCACUUAUAUAAAUGCAUUCAAGCUUUUGUAAUACUGUAUAUACACAACCUUUUCAUUUACCUUAUUAUUUUUUUCUUUGCAAAGCUUUUAUUUGUGAUGCAAUGUUGUAUAUGAUUAAUGCACUGGAUGUGUCAAAUAUCUUCAUACGUCACUGAGCUUUGGCUUUUUAUCAGAAACGGUGAGGUCUCUGCUUAGCGUUCCUUCAACAGGAGACUUCUGUUCUCGAUGCCUUCUUUCAUGUGCUCAAGCUGUAGCAAAAUGUCAAUAUUGUGGCUGAAUUAGAGGAUUAUUUUAUGGUUGUCCUACAGCUACAGCGGCUUUAUCCUCUAGGUUGUUGGUGUACUGUUUAAUCGACGUGUUUACAAUGUGCUUGUACAGCUACUAGCCAGCUGAAUCCAUCAUGCUUUUGUGAUGGCCGUGCAUCCAAGGCUAUGAGUCCAACCUGUAGCCGCUUCUUGGUCGUUUGCCAGGUUUCUAAAGCUUGAUAGACACUUUAUGUCGUGUAUAGAAGAUGCAAAUAUUACUUCCUGUGCAUAUGUAACAUAUUGAACCUCUCCAAAACUGGUUCAGCCUUUCUUUUCCUGUUUAUGUGUAACUGGGUGUGAAAAGCUUUUCGGCAGUAUUUGCAGGUGGAUAGGUUUUCCCUUAAAUUGUGCACCUUUUUGUUUGUUUUGUUUUGUUUUUUUUUUAACAGAAAAUAUUCUCUUUUCUUAAGUUCUUAAUUCUUUUGGUGUACAAAUCCCUUGAUCGUGCCAUUAUCCUUGGCAUAUUCUAUGGUUAUUAUAAAGGAUACAGAUGUAUACUAGUACAUAAACAAAUAUGUAUAGUAUAUAUGGGGAUCAGAGGGGGGGGAAUCGUUUAAAAAAUAAGACUAUAUGAAAAUAAGAAUUCUGAAAACUCUUGAAUUCUUAUUUAGCCUUCGUUUUAAUAGACAUUCCCUGUUUUGAUAUCAUAAAAGGGAUAUUAUUAUCAUACUGGGAUAUAGUAGUUUAUCACACAGUGUAACCGUGCUACUGUCUGUCAUCAAACACAGUCAGUGGUUAGCAAACCGACUGGCUGAAUGUGUGCCUAUAUAUGUGUUUAUCAUUUUACAUCUUUCAGCAGUAGGGAAAUAAAUCUUGUGAUGUUGUAUAAAUCUGCGCUAAUCAAGUUAUAGUCCAGAAACAUUAAUAUCUUCCCCACGAUAUCAUGCACUAAAGACUCUACUUUGAUAUUAGACUCUGUUGAAAAAACUAUAUGAGAACUAGUUUGUUUUGUAUCGUCACCAUUUCAGUCUGUUCAGAACUGUAUAUUUUGCAAUCACUUGCUUUCACACCAACCAUCUAUUUCCAUGCUUUUCUGUUUUUUCUGUUUGUGCUGUUAGUGUAGUGUUAAAUUUUUUAUUUGCUCCUUUUUUGAUUCUGAGGAUGGAUUGUCCAAAAAAAAAAAAAGUCUCUCAGCUUCUCCAACAUGUAAUAUGGCUUUCUGUUCUUUUCCGUUGGCCUCUCCCUACCUGCUUACGUUCUCCCACGUGUCAGACUGUAUUAUAUGUUUUAUUCAACCAACUUUGAAAUCAGACAAAUUCAAGUGGCUCAAAACUCGAAUGUAUACUGAAUCUUUGUCAAAUUUAGAUUUCCUAAUGGAUUUCUAAAACUAGCCUGAUAGGUGCUUCGUCAAAUACAUAGAACACGUUUUCGGUACAAAGGGACCAACGUAAUGUCCAGUGGUCUUGUAGGCUCAGACGUUCACUUGCUACUCUGAUAGCCUCUUCUAUGAAUAUUUAGCAGGAAUUUCUACCAAUCAUAAUCAGAGGUUUAGCUGUAUUUAUGACAUGUACAGACUUCUAAACAUGGUGUUUUGUAAUGGUUAUCACGGAACAGGACAUGUUGUUUGUUUAAUGCUAUGUUUCCUUGUUUAAUCAGAAUCACUCUAUAUGGUUGAUAUCACACUGUUCUAGUGGCGGAUGUUUAGUUGGAUGUUAGUGUGUGUGUGUGUGUGUGUGUGUGUGUGUGUGUGUGUGUGCAUGUGUGCGUGCGUGCGUGCAUGCGUGCGUGCGUGCGUGUGUGUGUGUGUUCACCUGCAUGUUUGUGUGUGUGUAUGUGUGUGUAUGCGUGUGCUUGUGUGUGUGUGAAACAGCUAAAAAAUACUUAUGUGCAUUUCUGAUCUCCUCACUGUGACUUGCUCUCUCAUUGAGUGUGUGCAUGAGUGUGUGUGUGUGAGAGAGAAAGAGAGAAAUAGUGAUGCAGUGGAAAUUGAAAAAGUGGGUAAUAUAUGACCUCAAAUCAAUGAUCAUCUUCAGGCAAACACAACCACCAGUGUAAACAAAAAAUCAAUCACAUUUUCAUAAAAUCAUUUCAUUCACUUAAAAGAUCCUGUUAUAUAACUUACAUGAGUCUGAUACCAUUUACUAUAUUAUAUGUAUCAUGUGUACUAUUACAUCAUAAAGAUUUAUGUUGGCCUAAAAAGUGGGUAAAAUAUUUCACACAUAAAGUGGACAAACUGAGUGAAGCGGGUUUACCCUCCACUGCAUCCUUGAAUCGAAAGAAUGACCAAGACUGAGUGUGUGUACGUGUGUACGCAUGUGUACAUGCGUAUACAUAUCUGUGUGUAUGUGUGCACGUGUCUGUGUGUGUGGGUAUGCAUGAAUGUGCAUGCAUGUGUGUGUUCCCACCCAUGCCGGCCGGGCGGCCGUGUGUGCCACCACGCUCUGUGACUGCACAGCCGUAUCAAUAAAUCUGGACUCA